GCAGAUGUUACAACUUUCUCGCAUUCUCUCCCGCGGUGUCCCCCCCAGGUCCGCCCAGCCCACCCAGUCCGUAUCUCCCUCCCUUUCCCUCCGGGGUCCUGCCCACCUCCCUGCGGGGAGCCCGACUGUUCUGAGACUCCGGGCGGGGCCAGAGGCCAGCCUCGGACUGGAGGGUCGGGGUGGGGGGAGGAGAAAGGGAAAGCAGAGGCUAGAGAAAUUAGGAGGCGGGAGAAAUCCAGGACAAAAAGGAAGAGGAGAGGCACAGGAUGGUGGAGAGCACUUUUUGGAGGCCGCCACGCUGCAUCCCAGGCUGGCGCGGCUAAGCUGGGAGAGAGGGAGCGAGGGCGGUGCAGGGCGGGCACUGGGGCGGCCAGGGGAAACUCGGCGCGGGCCUGACCUUCCCAGGUGCCCGGCUGAAGCCGCUGCCUGCCCGGGAGGGUCACUGGGCGCUCCCGGAGCAUCCAGGUGGGCUGGCGAGCCGUGCGCCCUGGGCGCGCGUGGCAACGAGGCCUGGGGAGCCCUGCUGCGCCUGGACUGGAGGGCCGGCUUGGAGAUGCACGCCCUCACGGGCUUCUCUCUGGUCAGCCUGCUCAGCUUCGGCUACCUGUCCUGGGACUGGGCCAAGCCGAGCCUCGUGGCUGACGGGCCCCGGGAGGACAGCGCAGAACAGCCCUCCGCUGCUCCACCCCAACCUCCCCAUAUCAUCUUCAUCCUCACCGACGACCAGGGCUAUCACGACGUGGGCUACCAUGGCUCAGAUAUUGAGACCCCUACGCUGGACCGGCUGGCAGCAGAGGGCGUCAAGUUGGAGAAUUACUAUAUCCAGCCCAUCUGCACGCCUUCACGGAGCCAGCUCCUCACUGGCAGAUACCAGAUCCAUACAGGCCUCCAGCACUCCAUCAUCCGCCCUCGGCAGCCCAACUGCUUGCCCCUGGACCAGGUGACCCUGCCCCAGAAGCUGCAGGAGGCAGGUUACUCUACCCACAUGGUGGGCAAGUGGCAUCUGGGCUUUUACCGGAAGGAGUGCCUGCCCACGCGCAGGGGCUUUGACACCUUCCUGGGCUCCCUCACAGGAAAUGUGGACUACUAUACCUAUGAUAACUGUGAUGGCCCAGGGGUGUGCGGCUUCGACCUGCACGAGGGGGAGAGUGUAGCCUGGGGGCUCAGCGGCCAGUACUCCACCAUGCUCUAUGCCCAGCGUGCCAGUCACAUCCUGGCCAGUCACAGCCCCCAGCAGCCCCUCUUCCUCUAUGUGGCCUUCCAGGCUGUGCACACGCCCCUGCAGUCCCCCCGGGAGUAUCUGUACCGCUACCGCACCAUGGGCAACGUGGCCCGGAGGAAGUACGCAGCCAUGGUGACCUGCAUGGACGAGGCUGUGCGCAACAUCACCUGGGCCCUCAAACGCUAUGGUUUCUACAACAACAGUGUCAUCAUUUUCUCCAGUGACAAUGGCGGCCAGACUUUUUCAGGAGGCAGCAAUUGGCCCCUCCGAGGACGCAAAGGCACUUACUGGGAAGGGGGUGUGCGGGGUCUGGGCUUCAUCCACAGCCCUUUGCUCAAGCGAAAGCGACGGACCAGCCAUGCACUAGUGCAUAUCACUGACUGGUACCCAACCCUGGUGGGUCUGGCAGGUGGCACCGUGUCAGCAGCCGAUGGGCUGGACGGCUAUGAUGUGUGGCCAGCCAUCAGUGAGGGCCGGGCCUCGCCUCGUACGGAGAUCCUGCACAACAUUGACCCGCUCUACAACCAUGCCCGGCACGGCUCCCUGGAGGGCGGCUUUGGCAUCUGGAAUACUGCGGUCCAGGCUGCCAUCCGUGUGGGCGAGUGGAAGCUGCUGACCGGAGACCCCGGCUCUGGUGAUUGGAUUCCACCACAGACACUGGCUGCCUUCCCUGACAGCUGGUGGAACCUGGAGCGGAUGGCCAGUGUCCGCCAGGCUGUGUGGCUUUUCAACAUCAGUGCUGACCCUUAUGAAAGGGAGGACCUGGCUGGCCAGCGGCCCGACGUGGUCCGAGCCCUGCUGGCCCGCCUGGCCGACUAUAACCGUACUGCCAUCCCUGUGCGCUACCCAGCCGAGAAUCCUCGGGCUCAUCCUGACUUUAAUGGGGGUGCUUGGGGGCCCUGGGCCAGUGAUGAGGAAGAAGAGGAAGAGGAAGAGGAAAGCAGGGCUCGAAGCUUCUCCCGGGGUCGCCGUAAGAAAAAGUGCAAGAUUUGCAAGCUCCGAUCCUUUUUCCGUAGACUCAACACCAGGCUGAUGUCUCACAGGAUCUGAUGGGUGGGGUGGCAGGGUCUUGGUCCCCUAGAUAUAUUUCCCCACUUCAGCCUGGUCCCGUACCUUGUCAGGUAGAAACCUGAGGUUGAGUCUCCAUCUGCAGGGAAACGGAGGCUGUAGAGCCCUCAGUGGGCUAGGAUGGGCACCUAGCUGGGGGCUGGGAGUAAACCAGACUGGAAUGCCUGGGUUCCCAUCCUGCUUCUUCACUGACUUGUGCUGUGACCUCAGGUGACCGAUGUGGGCUUCCAGCCUCAGUUUCCUCAUCUGUAAAACAAGCUGUAAUGACUUUGUGACGGUGGGAUGUGCUUGGUCACUGGGGUCAUGGUAGAGUCCUGGCCGGCCUUGCUGCCUCACAGCUUGCACAAGGCCUUUUCCUUCAUCCUGGUCUCUACCGCUGCUUGGGUGGGGGCCGCCUGCAGGCAGCUUCCAGCUGGAACCUGGCGAGCUGGCUGCUCUUUUAAGGACCGCAGGUGCUGAGGAUGAAGGUGACCAGGUUGGGAGGCUACGCUUUCUGGGUCUUCACAAGGGCUAGGCCAGUCCUGGCCAGAUGCAUCAGGGCCCUGGUGGAAAGUUCUUUCUGCCGGGAGCACCCAGAGACAGUGGCUAUGCCCUUAGCUGCUUCAGUGUCAAGGGCAGUAGAAACAGCUGUGAAAAGAGCCCCUGAACCAAUCAUCUCCUUUGACCUUAGGCACAGUCCUUCCCCUCUGGGUCUCACUUUCCUGGCUCUGCCUACCUCAAAGGGCUGCAGAAGACUGGCCCAUCUAAUGGUUGCAAAGGAGCCUGUGAACUGA